GAUCAUAAAACGCGAGAACGGAAGAGCAGGUGGUCGCUAAGUAUUUGACUGGUGCUCUGGAUUAAAUGUCAGAUAAAGGUUCUCGGACAGGAACCCCUAAAGGGGGUUCUAGGAAAAGCUCAAAAGCUGGAACUCCGAGGGGCUCUAAAAGUGGAACACCAAAGGGUUCCAAAAGCAAUACCCCUCUACCAACAGACCCCCAAACUACUACUCAAGAAAUCACAGAGGAGGAGUCACUGGCUGCUGGUGCUUCAAAUGGUGCCUUACAACCAAGUGAAGCUGACCCAACAGCUGUAGGUACUUCUAAUGGGACAGGGGAGGGAGAGACGGAACAAGAAGAUGUUGUAGAGGAGGACAAUAAGCCAAGUGUGAUUUCAUUAAUCAAAGAAAGAAUCACAGUGCAGGGUCUGACAGAGGAAAUGUGGAAGGAAAUCCAUGAUGAUGCAAUCAAUCAAUUCAUUAAUGACCCGGGAACUAAGUUGAUGGUAGCUUACAUGGAUCCAUACAAAGGUUUCCUGAUCGAACAUGCAAUACCGCCAUAUUUAGUGGACCAGUUAACUUACCUCAUCAAAGCCAGCAGCAUUAAGGAACUGACUGCAGAGACAUUCUUACAGAAAGUACAGUAUGGUACCAUCAAAGGAAAUCAGAUUGAGAGCUUGCUGAGGAUGAUGAUGGGCAUAUAUGCCCCAAUCUUCUUCGAGAACACAACGUGGCCAGACAGUAUAAAAAAUGACUUUUCAGCACAGCUGCAUAAAUUUCUGGCUAAUUUGACAGACACACGAUGGAAGUUGGAGGGAAAAACAGUUAUGUACAUUCCCACUGAGGGCCUGAAACACCCAGCAGAAGAGGCAGCAAAAAACAAAGACCUGGUGCAGAGAUUGGAAACUGCAAUGAUCCACUGGGCUAGACAAAUAAAGGAAGUACUCAGCAAUCAAGAUGCUUUUGAAAUGGCUGAAAACUCAGGUCCUUUGGACGAGAUUGAAUUCUGGAAAAAUCGUUGUGCAGAUUUGACAGGCAUCAGUACCCAACUUGACAAGCCAGGUGUCAAAAAGAUCACAGAAAUCCUGACGCUUGCCAAGUCCUCUUAUGUAGGACCCUUCCUGAAACUAUCCAGCGAGAUCAAGGAGGGAUCACGCCAGGCCGAGAGCAAUUUGAAAUUUCUGAUGGUUCUGAAGGAUCCAUGCUAUGAAUUGUCUGAAGCCAAACCCAAAGAUAUUCCAGCUAUGUUGCCCAAAAUUUUGAACACUAUAAGAUUUAUAUGGGUGAACUCGGAAUUUUACAAAACAAGAGAAAGGCUUACUGGCAUUUUAAAGAAGAUCAGCAAUGAGGUGAUCAGAAGAUGCUGUAGGGACAUAAACCUGGAGAAGAUAUUUGAUGGCUACGUACAGACGGGACUGAAAUCCUUGAAUGACAGCAUUGAUUGCUGUGAGCAGUGGAAGGAGGUGUACAGGAAGACGGCCAGAUUGCAUCACAAGUUUUCUCCUGUUGGCUGGGUGUUGGAUAAAAGCAGUAUUUUUGCUCAGAUUGAUGCAUUCAUUCAGAGAUGUAAAGACUUAAUCGAAGUUUGUGAAGCUCAGAUUCAUUUCGCGCGUCGAGAGGACGGAGAGAAAAUGGAAAUGCCUCACUUCGCUGGACAGAAGGGACCGGAGAUUGCCCGGGGCUUGAUUGAGAUAGAGACGGCAUUUGAGAGAAAUCUGAACCAGUUAAGAUCUGUCAAGAGCACUAUACUAGAUGUCAAGGCAACAUCAUGGCACGACGACUACAACAGGUUCCGUGCAGGAAUCAAAGACUUGGAGGUGAUGAUGACAAACGUCAUCACGUCAGCUUUUGACACUGUCACAACUGUUGAGCAAGGAGUUGAACUGCUUGACAUCUUUAUGCAUUUAUCUACACGAGAGGCAAUAAGGAGAACCAUUGACAAGAAGAAUGUGGACGUGUAUCUGAUGUUUAACGAUGAGUUGAAUGCUGUAAAGAAGGAACUCACCAACAAAGCGAAGUCUCCCAUUCCCUGGCAUCCAAAGUUUGCUGGACAAGGCUUGUGGGCCAGACAGCUGAAGAGAAGGAUCGAGAGAGGCAUGAUGGUGCUGGACAGAGCAUUCUUUCUACCACCAACAGGAAAAAGUGAAGAAGUUCGUACUCAGUAUCAACAAUUGUGCCAGGCUUUGGAUGAGUACAUCAGAAAAACAUUCCAUGAAUGGACUCUAACUGUCGAUAAGGAGCCUGAGAAACUUCUAGAGGUACCCCUUAUGUGUCGAAGCUCUGAGAGACCACCCAUGUUGGACAUCAACUUCAACAGAGGCUUGCUGAAGAUGUUCCAAGAAAUUCACUACUGGGAACGCCUGAUGUUUGAGAUCCCUCAUUAUGCCACCAAUGUUUACAAUAAACGGGAGGAUCUAAGAUCUCUCCGAGAGCAUGUUCUUUUGGUUGUCAGGGACUACAACAGGAUCAUAGCUGCAUUGUCAUUGGAAGAGAGAGGUUUAUUCAGGGAAAGAAUUAGAUUCCUGGACAAGAAAAUACAUCCAGGACUGACAAAAUUGACAUGGGCUUCCAAAGGAAUUUCUGACUAUUUUGUGACGGACUGUCGGAUCAAUGCUGCCAAAAUCCAGUCCAUGGUGGACGACUACAAGGGAGCCAACCAGGAGAUAUCCAGCAUGUGCGUGAAGAUCAGUGAACUGUCCCUCAUCAAGAUUGACAACCGCAAAGUCUAUGAGAAUUUGGAGUUUGACGAAGAACAGGCAAAGCAUAGAGAAUUUACGGCUGAGAAAUUGAAGACUAUGCAUAUGGAAAUAGUUAGAGUCAUGAAGAAAACAUAUGAAAUCUUCAAAACAGAUGGGCAAGAGGUACAACAGCAUUGGGUGCGUUACCUGGAAAAAAUGGACCGCAUGGUGGAGGAGGCAUUCCGACUGAAUGUGAAAUGGUCCCUACAGGAGUUGUCCAAGGCAAUCAAUGGGGAUGGAAAGUCAGCACCUAACCCACUGUUCAGAGUCAAAGUCUGUUUGCAGGGUGACAAGGUGGAGUUCCAGCCAACUCUGAAGCAGCUAGCAUCUGUGAUUGGUGGAAUUGGUAGUCAGCUGACUAGCUCUAUCAAAGGCAUUAACAGGCUUCCUCUUAUCCUAGCCAAGAAGAAAUCGUCAAAGGAGGCCAUAUUUGCCAUGAUAUCAUCUGAUGAGGAAACCAAGAAGAUACAGACAGUCAUAAAUCAAGGCAUGGCAACUAAUGCCCAGAACCUACAGAAUUACCUGAGCACCUGGGAUAAUUACCGCGAGAUCUGGGAAAUCAAUAAAGAUAUGUUUAUCAAAAGAUACCAGAACCUCAACCCCCAGGUGGCCUCUUUUGAUGCUGAUAUUGCUAGGUAUGAUGAAGUGGCUAAUAACGUGCAGACGCAGGAAACCAUUCUGAACAUUCAGUUUGUUCUCUUGGACUGUUCUCCAUUGAAGUAUGCUAUCCUCAGUCACUGCACGGAGUGGCAGAACAAGUUCACUACACUGCUCAGCACCAUUGCCACCACCCGACUUAAGGAGCUACACACAUUCCUUAAGGAGAAUGGAGAAAAUGUCAGCAAACCCCCUCAGACUUUGGACGAGUUGGGGCUGAGCCUCGGACUGUGGGAGAAAUUGAAUGGUGGCCUUGGGGAGACCGAAGCCAAAUUCCCACCACUUCAUGAUCAGUUCAGCAUCCUGGAAAAGUAUGAAGUACCAAUCAAAGAGGAGGUGACAACCAUGUUGUCAGAACUAAGCAAUGAUUGGAUAGUAUUCCAACAGAAGUUGAUUGAUGCUGAACAAAUGCUUAAAAAACACAAGGAAAAAUUCAGAAGUGGAUUGCUGGCCCAGUCCGAAGAAUUCAAGAAGCAAGUCCACAAUUUGGUGGAUGAGUUCGUAACCAAGGGGCCCUUCACUAGUACCAUACCCACUCCAGAUGCCUUGGAAAACAUCAACAUCAUCCGAUCUCAAAUGGAGGAGCUGAAAAAGCAGGAGCAGAAUAUAAGAAAGGGAUUAAACAUAUUCAAGAUUGAUCAGCCACCUUCAAAGGAGAUCGCUAACCUAGAGAAAGAUCUGGAAGUGAUUGAGACGAUUUGGAACCUGAACAAGGAAUGGGAAGGCCUCUGGGGAGACUGGAAAGGCAACCAGUUUGUACAGCUUCAGACUGAGAGCAUGGAAAAUUCCUCGCAGUCAAUAUUCAAGAAACUCAACAGGAUGAGCAAGGAGUUGAAGGAUAAAAAUUGGGAAGUGGUGGAAACGAGCAGAAACCGUGUGGAUCAGUUUAAGAGAACGAUGCCGCUGAUUAAUGAUUUGAAGAACCGCGCUAUGAGGCCGCGUCAUUGGGACAAGAUUCAGACUGAGAUGCAGCGUCAGUUUGAUCACAAAUCGGAAGAUUUCACUUUGGAGAAGAUCAUCGAAUUUGGAUUUGACCAGUAUGCUGAAACUAUUGGGGAUAUUUCUGGGGCUGCGACCAAGGAAUUGGCCAUAGAACAGGGUCUGGAGGCUAUUGGCAAGACAUGGGAGGUUACAGAUUUAGACAUCACAUCUUAUAAAGACAGAGGUCAUUUCAAAGUCAGGAGCACAGAUGAUGUGUUUACUGCUCUUGAGGACAACCAAGUACAGCUCUCUACAAUGAAAGCAUCCAGAUUCGUCAAGGCCUUUGAACAGGAAGUUGAUAAAUGGGAAAGGACUCUGUCUCACAUCCUGGAAGUGGUGGAGAUGCUGCUCACAGUUCAGAGGCAGUGGAUGUACCUCGAGAAUAUCUUCUUGGGUGAAGACAUCAGGAAACAGUUGCCACGGGAAUCUGCUGAUUUUGAUGAUGUUAAUGCUAAAUGGAAAGUCAUCAUGACAAGGCUCAAUAAGGACCGCAACGCUCUUAGAGGAACCCAUCAUGAAGGUUUACUGGAGGAACUGAACGACAUGAAUGUCAAGCUAGAGGAGAUUCAGAAAUCGUUGGACAUGUAUCUGGAAACAAAACGUCAGAUCUUCCCUCGCUUCUACUUCCUGUCCAAUGAUGAUUUACUAGAGAUUCUGGGACAGUCUAAGAACCCCAAAGCAGUGCAGCCUCACCUCAAGAAAUGCUUUGACAACAUUAAGAGCUUAGAUAUGAACAAGCCUGGACUGAAGUGGGAAGCCAAUGCUAUGAUGUCAUCCGAUGGAGAAGUGGUGCCCUAUGAGAGACCUGUCUACUUGGAUGGACCAGUAGAGUCAUGGUUGUGUGAUGUGGAGAAGACUAUGAGGUGGACUCUACAAGAUGAACUGAAAAAGUGUAAAGGAAACCUUAAACAAAAGCACGGCAUGACCAAGAGGGAUAAGUGGAUCAAGGACCACCCUGGUCAGCUGUGCAUCACGGCCAGUCAGAUCCAGUGGACGGCUGAUGUGGAGAAAGCCCUGAGGCUGACCAAAGACAGAGGAGACAAAAAAGCUCUGAAAACCAUGAAGAAAAAACAAGUAGCAAUGUUGAACAAAUUGUCAGAAGCCAUCAGAGGAAAGUUAGAAAAGAUGCAACGACUGAAAAUUGUGGCUCUUGUGACAAUUGAGAUUCACGCUAGAGACAUUAUAGAAAAACUAAUCAAAGGUGGAGUGUCGGAUGAGAAUGCCUUUGAGUGGCUCAGUCAGCUGAGGCUCUACUGGGAAAAGCCUCCCAUUGACAACUGUGUUGUAAAGCAGACCAAUACGCAAUUUCCUUACGGUUAUGAGUAUCUAGGAAAUUCUGGACGUCUGGUCAUUACUCCACUGACCGAUCGGUGUUACGUCACGCUGACCACUGCUCUUCAUCUCCACAGAGGAGGAAGUCCUAAAGGUCCAGCAGGAACAGGCAAGACUGAGACUGUUAAGGAUCUGGGCAAGUCCCUGGGCAUGUAUGUCAUCGUUGUGAACUGUUCGGAGGGUCUGGACUACAAAUCCAUGGGCAAAAUGUUCUCAGGUCUAGCCCAGACUGGGGCUUGGGGCUGCUUUGAUGAGUUUAACAGAAUCAACAUUGAAGUGUUGUCCGUGGUCGCUCAGCAGAUCCUGGCUAUUUUACUGGCUCUGUCGACUGGACAAGCCAGAUUUGUGUUUGAAGGAAGAGAAAUUGAUUUAGUGUGGUCCUGUGGUAUCUUCAUUACAAUGAACCCAGGAUAUGCUGGCAGAACAGAAUUGCCUGACAACUUGAAAUCGAUGUUCCGUCCCAUUGCUAUGGUGGUCCCUGAUUCAGCUAUGAUUUCUGAAAUCAUUCUCUUUGGAGAAGGUUUUGGAAAUACUAGGGUCCUCGCUAAGAAAGUGUACACUCUGUACUCAUUGGCUGAACAACAACUGUCAAAACAGGACCACUAUGAUUUUGGAUUACGUGCAUUAGUGUCCGUGUUGAGAUAUGCUGGCUCCAAGAAGAGAUCCAACCCCAACAUGCCGGAUGAAGAGAUAUUGCUUCUGUCCAUGAAAGACAUGAAUGUGGCCAAACUGACCUCCACAGAUCUGCCAUUGUUUAAUGGUAUCAUGUCUGACUUAUUCCCAGGAGUAGAAACUCCAACGAUGGACUACUCAGAGAUGAAGAAAGCCAUCACGGCGGAGCUGAAGAGUAACUGCCUGCAGGUGAAUAACCACACACUGACAAAGGUCAUACAGUUAUACGAGACGAAGACUUCUCGACACUCCGUCAUGAUUGUCGGUAAUACACAGUCAGGAAAAACAGUCUCCUGGCGAAUGCUGCAGGCCACCAUGACCAGACUGAACAAAGAGGGAGCCUCUUAUCAGGCUGUUAAGGAUUUUCCUCUGAAUCCCAAGUCUUUGUCUUUGGGAGAGCUGUAUGGUGAAUUUGACAUCAAUACCAAUGAAUGGACAGACGGAGUACUGUCAAGUGUGAUGAGACAGACUUGUGCAGAUGAGAAGCCGGAAGAGAAAUGGCUGGUAUUUGAUGGACCAGUAGAUACUCUCUGGAUAGAAAGCAUGAACUCUGUUAUGGACGACAACAAGAUCCUGACUUUGAUCAACGGAGAACGUAUUGCCAUGCCAGAGCAAGUGUCUCUUCUGUUUGAAGUGGAGGAUCUAGCGGUGGCGUCCCCUGCCACGGUGUCGCGGUGUGGUAUGGUGUAUGCUGACUAUGUAGACAUUGGAUGGCAGCCGUAUGUAGAUUCCUGGCUGGAAAAGAAGAAGGAGAACAAGCCUCUUGUUGAGGAGCUCCGUCGAUUGUUUGAUAAAUACCUGGUGAAGAUUCUGGACUUUAAACGACAGAACUGUAAAGAACUGAUUCCCAUUGCUCAGCUGAAUGGAGUGUCGUCUCUUUGUAAAUUAUUUGAUUCCCUCGGAACUGUAGAGAAUGGGGUGGACCCCCAUGACAGUGAAAACUUCGUAAGGAUGGUAGAACUGUGGUUCCAGUUCUGCAUGAUCUGGUCAAUUUGUGCCUCAGUGGAUGAGGAUGGACGUAAAAAAAUUGACAAUUACAUUCGUGAAAUGGAGGGAACAUUCCCCAACAAAGACAUGAUCUAUGAAUACUUUGUUGACCCUAAAGGCAAAACCUGGGUCCACUGGGAAGACAAGCUGAAAUCAGGGUGGAAAUAUCAGCCAAAUGUACCUUUCUUCAAACUGAUUGUGCCGACAGUCGACACUGUGCGAUAUCAGUACUUAGUGUCCGCUCUGGUGCGGUCCUUCAAUCCGGUGAUGGUGGUAGGACCGGUCGGAACAGGAAAGACAUCCAUGGUGGAGAAUACGCUUUCUAAACUGGACUCGAAGGUCUACAGCAUCCUUACAGUCAACAUGUCAGCUCAGACUUCUUCCAACAAUGUGCAAGACAUCAUUGAGAGUCGCGUGGAGAAGAGGACUAAAGGUGUGUACGUCCCCAUAGGUGGAAAGAAACUGCUGACAUUUAUGGACGACUUCAACAUGCCAGCAAAGGAUACGUUUGGCUCCCAGCCUCCUCUGGAACUGAUGAGGUUGUGGCUGGAUUACGGCUUCUGGUACGACAGGGAAAAACAGACUCAGAAGUACAUCAAGGACAUGUUCUUGUUGGCUGGUAUGGGACCUCCAGGUGGUGGCAGAAUGGUCAUUUCAAGAAGGCUCCAAAGUCGCUUUAAUCUCGUCAACAUGACAUUCCCACAUGAGUCCCAGAUAAAGAGAAUUUUUGGAAGCAUGAUCAACCAGAAACUGCAGGACUUUGAGGAGGAGGUCAAACCCAUCGGAGACAUCAUGACACAGGCUACCAUUGAAAUGUAUGAGGCUGUUGUUCAGAAGUUCCUCCCCACACCCACAAAAAUCCACUACCUAUUCAACUUGAGGGACAUCUCAAAGAUUUUCCAAGGUCUUUUAAGGGCUCAUAAGGAUUUUCACGACACGAAGCAUGCCAUGACAAGACUAUGGAUUCAUGAAUGCUUUAGGGUGUUUUCUGAUCGUCUGGUGGAUGAAAAAGAUACGGAGACUUUUGUGAACUUGAUGACAGAGAAACUUGGCACGCUGUUUGACCAGACUUACCACAAUAUAUGUCCAAACAAACAACCUCCAAUUUUUGGUGAUUACAUGAAUCCAGACAAUGUAUAUGAAGAUAUACAGGAUAUUAACCAGCUGAAGAAGGCAAUGACUGACUUUUUGGAAGAGUACAACAGCACCCCAGGCGUUGUCAACAUGGACCUGGUGCUCUUCAGGGAUGCAAUAGAACACGUGUCUAAAAUAGUUCGAGUGAUCCGACAGCCUCGAGGAAACAUGCUCCUGAUCGGUAUCGGUGGGAGUGGCAGACAGAGCUUAACAAGGCUGGCAGCUUACAUCUGUGAAUACACCACAUUCCAAAUAGAAGUCACCAAACAUUAUCGCAAAAAUGAAUUCCGAGAUGAUCUGAAGAGACUGUACUGGCAGGCCGGCGUGGACAAUAAGACAACAGUGUUUAUCUUUAAUGACACUCAGGUGGUAGAGGAAGGCUUCCUAGAGGACAUUAACAAUGUACUCAGUAGUGGUGAAGUUCCCAAUUUGUACAAGCCCGAUGAAUUUGAGGAGGUGCGAAAUGCUCUGAGUGACAUUGCCAAGAAAGAGGGAUUGGAUGACAGCCCUCAGAGCAUCUUUGCAUUCUUGAUUGAACGUGUACGAGGCAACAUGCAUAUUGUGUUGUGUAUGAGCCCAGUGGGAGAGCCCUUCAGAAACCGGAUUCGUAUGUAUCCAGCCUUUGUGAACUGUACUACCAUUGAUUGGUUCAGUGAGUGGCCAGCAGAUGCCUUACUGGAGGUUGCAGACAAAUACCUCAACGAAAUCACUCUGGGAUCAGAGGAGGAGGACAAGCUGAAGCCAUCGCUGGCUAAAAUGUUCUCUGUGAUGCACAAGUCUGUAACAGAAUACUCCAAGAGGAUGUUGAUUGAACUCAGAAGACACAACUACGUCACCCCCACAAACUAUCUUGAGCUAGUGUCCGGAUACAAAAAACUUUUAUAUGACAAGAAAAAUGAACUAGGAGGGGCAGCCGAUAAGCUGCGAAACGGUCUGAGCAAGAUUGAUGACACGCGACAGAAAGUGGAGAAAAUGUCUCUAGAGCUAGAGGAUGCCAAAACUAAAGUGGCCCAGUUCCAGAAACAGUGUGAUGAAUACCUGGUGAUCAUAGUUCAACAAAAGCGGGAGGCGGACGAGCAGCAGAAGUCAGUGGCACAGAAGAGCGAGAGGAUUGCUGAGGAGGAGAGCAAAUGUCAACACAUGGCCGACCUUGCCCAACAUGAUUUAGACGAGGCUCUGCCAGCGCUGCAGGAAGCUAUUGCUGCUCUGGAAUCUCUAAAUAAAAAAGAUAUGACAGAAAUCAAGUCAUACGGUCGGCCUCCUAUGCUGGUGGAAAAAGUAAUGGAAGCUGUGAUGAUUCUGCGAGGCAAUGAGCCCACAUGGGCUGAGGCCAAAAGACAACUUGGUGAACAGACUUUUAUCAAACAAUUGAUGAAUUUUGACAAGGACAACAUUAGUGACCGGGUCCUGAAGAAGAUUGGAGGUUACUGUGCACAAUCAGACUUUCAGCCUGAAAUCAUAGGUCGUGUGUCCGGUGCUGCAAAAUCUUUGUGUAUGUGGGUCCGAGCCAUGGAAGUCUAUGGCCGAAUCUACCGGGUAGUGGAGCCUAAGAAACAGAGGCUUAAUGCAGCCAUGUCACAACUCAAGGAAAAACAGGAAGCUCUUGCUGAUGCUAAAGCAAAACUGGCUGAGGUGGAGGCUAAAAUGGCGGAGUUGAAGCAGCAGUAUGAUGAGAAGCUAGCUCAAAAAGAGGAGCUGAAGAGGAAGGCUGAAUACACAGAACUGAUGUUGGAGAGGGCCACCAAACUAAUGUCAGGUCUGGCAGGGGAGAAAGAGCGGUGGCAGGAAACUGUGAAGGAUCUUGAGGAAAGAAUGGGUUACCUUGGAGGAGACUGUCUAAUGGCAGCUGCAUUCAUGUCUUAUAUGGGGCCCUUCCUAUCUAACUACAGAGAUGAACUCGUACAGAAGAAAUGGAUUGAAGAGGUGAGAAAACUUGGAAUUCCAUGCGCUCCAAACUUCAACUUCUGUGAAUUUAUGGCCAAACCAACUCAGGUCAGGGACUGGAAUAUUCAAGGGUUGCCUAGUGACAGUUUCUCUACAGAGAAUGGAGUCAUCGUGACAUCAUCCAACAGAUGGCCGCUAAUGGUGGAUCCACAGGGCCAGGCCAUCAAAUGGAUAAAAAACAUGGAGGCCUCAAGGGGUCUUAAAGUGAUCGAUCUUCAGCAAAGUGAUUACAUGAGAACGCUGGAAUCAGCCAUCCAGUUUGGUCUGCCAGUUGUUUUGCAAAAUGUGCAAGAAAAAUUAGAUCCUUCUCUUGAUCCUGUAUUGAACAAAUCACUGAUGAGAAUAGGGGGUGCAUACAUGAUAAAGCUUGGAGACAAAGAGAUUGAGUACAACCCAGAGUUCCGAUUUUACAUCACAACCAAAUUGAGUAAUCCUCAUUACACUCCGGAGAUCUCUACAAAGACAACCAUUGUCAACUUUGCUGUCAAGGAACAAGGGUUGGAAGCUCAGUUACUUGGAAUAGUGGUCAGAAAAGAACGUCCAGAUUUGGAGGAACAAAAGGACAGUUUGGUGAGGAGCAUUGCAGCAGGCAAGAAGAAACUAGUGGAACUAGAAGACGAGAUUCUGAGGCUGCUGAAUGAAACAAAAGGCUCAUUGUUAGAUGAUGAACAGUUAGUUAACACACUGCAAACUUCCAAGAUUACAUCACAGGAAGUGACUGAACAGCUGCAGGUUUCAGAAACAACAGAGGUUAAAAUUGAUGCCGCGAGGGAGGGCUACAGACCCUCUGCUCAAAGAGCCUCCAUUCUGUUUUUUGUUCUGAAUGACAUGGGACGCAUUGACCCCAUGUACCAGUUCUCACUGGACUCUUACAUAGAGUUGUUCAUCAUGUCAAUUGAAAAAAGUCAAAGAAGCUCAAAACUGGAGGAAAGAAUUCAAAAUCUGAAUGAGUACCAUACUUAUGCUGUCUACAGAUACACCUGUCGUGGUUUGUUCGAGCGCCAUAAACUACUUUUCUCCUUCCAAAUGUGUGCCAAAAUCCUGGAAGCAGCGAAUAAGGUCAACAUGGAUGAAUACAGCUUUUUCCUCAGAGGAGGAGUGGUGCUGGACCGUGAGAAUCAGAUGGAUAAUCCCUGCUCCGGUUGGCUCGGUGAUGUAGCAUGGGACAACAUUACUGAACUGGAGAAGCUGACCAACUUCCACGGGAUCAUCACAGCAUUUGAACAAUAUCCGAGGGACUGGAAUAUCUGGUACACAUCAGCCCAGCCUGAGGUGUCCACUUUACCAGGGGAGUGGGACAAUGCCUGCAAUGAACUACAGAGGAUGCUUCUGGUCCGUUCUCUACGUCCAGACAGAGUCUCUUUCUGUGCUACGUCCUUCAUCAUUAACAACCUGGGUUCCAAGUUCACAGAACCACCUGUUCUAGACAUGCAACAAGUGGUGGAGGACUCCACAACAAGGACACCACUCAUCUUUGUCUUGUCUGCUGGAGUGGAUCCCACUAGCUCUCUGAUCCAGCUGUCCGAGUCGAGUGGAAUGGCUCAGAGGUUCUAUUCCUUAUCUUUGGGUCAAGGUCAAGCUCCCAUAGCAACCAGGAUGAUCAAACAAGGAGUGAGAGAGGGUAAUUGGGUGUUUUUGGCCAAUUGUCACCUGUCCUUGAGCUGGAUGCCCCAGCUAGAUAAACUUGUAGAGCAGCUGCAGGUGGAGGACCCGCACCCAGAAUUCCGCUUGUGGCUCAGCAGUAGUCCUCAUCCAGACUUUCCAAUCUCCAUCCUACAGACUGGAAUCAAAAUGACAACUGAACCACCAAAGGGACUGAAAGCCAACAUGAAGCGCCUGUACAACUUGAUUACGGAGCCUCAGUUCCAGCGAUGCACAAAACAAGAUAAAUACAGGAAACUGCUCUUCUGUCUCUGCUUCUUCCACUCGGUUCUGUUAGAGAGAAGAAAGUUCCUCAUGUUAGGUUGGAACAUUGCCUACGAAUUUAACGAUUCAGACUUUGAGGUAUCAGAGAGCAUCCUGAGCAUUUACCUGGAUGAGUAUGAGGACACACCAUGGGAAGCCCUGAAAUAUCUGAUCGCCGGAAUCAGUUAUGGUGGACAUGUUACUGAUGACUGGGACAGAAGGCUACUGAUGACCUACGUUUCAGAGAUGUUCCAAGAUCCAGUACUCACCAUUCCUUUCUACAAGGUGUCUGGUGUCUCCACGUAUUAUGUACCAAAGGAUGGACCCCUGUCUUCAUACAAAGAGUACGUCAGCAUGCUCCCUAAUGUAGAUGCACCGGAAGCUUUUGGACAGCAUCCCAAUGCAGACAUUCAGUCCCAGAUUCAGGAAACCAGGAUGUUGUUUAACACUCUUCUAUCUCUACAACCACAAGUAUCAUCAACUGGAGGGGGAGAAAGCCGGGAAGACAAGGUUCUGGAUCUUGCAGCUAACAUAUUCAAGCAAAUUCCUGAAAAUAUAGAUUAUGAGAACACGGCUAAAAUCCUGUCAGUAGACCCCUCACCACUGACCGUGGUAUUGUUACAAGAGAUUCAGCGAUAUAAUGCUCUACUGGAAGAAAUUCGUUAUUCUCUGACUGACCUGGAGAAAGGUAUUCAGGGACUAGUGGUGAUGACAAUGGAACUGGAGAACAUAUUCCAGUGCAUUUAUGAUGGCAAUGUGCCUCCUACUUGGUUGAAGGCCUACCCAUCACUGAAACCAUUGGCAGCAUGGACUAGAGACCUGGUGCAGAGAGUGGAACAAUUCCAGAAGUGGGCCCUCACUGCGCACCCUCCUACGAUAUUCUGGAUGUCUGCCUUCACAUUCCCCACCGGUUUCCUCACCGCCGUACUGCAGACUUCAGCCCGUCUCAAUAGUGUGUCUGUGGACUCUCUCUCCUGGGAAUUCAGUGUAAUGACAGUAGAUGACUCCAACAUCACAGGUCCUCCUAAGGAUGGUGUCUACAUUAAGGGCCUUUUCUUACAAGGAGCAGGCUGGGACAAGAAGAACUCUCACUUGGUAGAGGCCAAUCCCAUGCAGUUGGUGUGUUUAAUGCCAACCAUUCAUUUCAAACCAGUAGAGAACAAGAAAAAAGUGGCUAAAGGAAUGUACAUGGCUCCAUGCUACUACUACCCUAACCGUUCUGGGGGUAUGGGCAGGCCGUCGUUCGUGGUAGCUGUAGAACUGAAGGCGGGAGAGAAGUCGCCGGACCACUGGGUGAAGAGAGGAACCGCCCUGCUGAUGAGUUUGGACUACUAACUGUGAUACACAUGUGGAAAAUUAACAAUAUUCUGCUGAUAAAUGAAAACCACGAGACACUAAUGGAGUAGUGAAUAUUCAUAAACUCAAUGAGGACUAAUAUUGUGAUGAACCAGUGUUUAAAAUUAGUUAAGAUAUGAACUGAUGGUUGUGAUGAACCAGUGUUUGAUAUUAGUUAAGAUAUGAACUGAUGGUUGUGAUGAACCAGUGUUUAAUGUUAGUUAAGAUAUGAACUGAUGGUUGAGAUGAACCAGUGUUUAAUGUUAGUUAAGAUAUGAACUGAUGGUUGAGAUGAACCAGUGUUUAAUGUUAGUUAAGAUAUGAACUGAUGGUUGAGAUGAACCAGUGUUUAAUAUUAGUUAAGAUAUGAACUGAUGGUUGAUUGUGGGACGGUAUAUAUUGCAUUAUUAUGACGUAUCUCAUCUUUAAAUUUUAUAUAAUUGUUGGGGUUUUUUUUCUUUUACAAGUGUUUGACUAUAUAUAUUUAUUAAUAAACUUUGUUGACCGUU